AACAUAUUUUUUUGCCGCGCAUUUUCGAGACACAUUUAAUAAAAAGUGUAAAAAUGGAAUUUAAAGUAUUAAUUUUGGUCACAUUAAUUUGUGCUGCAAGUUGUUUGCCGCUCGGUAGUGAUGGAAAUGAUUUAGUAAGCAGCGGUCACAGACUGUGGAAAAGGUUUAUCAAUCCGUCGGUGAUAUUUGGAAAUUUUGCUGAUACUGGGAUCAACAACAUUAGGACCAAGAGAAGCUCGGAGGACGAGUGCGAGAAGUUGCAGCUGUGCAAGCUGCACGCGCGCUCCCACUACAGCUUCUUUGCAGCUUACGAGCUGUAUUUCGUCAACAAAGAGAACGCGCGGCUGUGGGACCACCAGACGCACACGAUGGCUGACUGCGAGCGGAGGUUCAGCGGCUGCUAUAAAUAAUCAAUUGGCUACUGUUAACUUAUUCUAUAAGUAUUUAUUUGAAAAUAACUUGUAAGGAAUGAAUAAAG